GUUUUGUGUGUAGGUGACGUAAUAUUAAUACGGGUAAGUUAAUUGUUUAUUGGAUUUCAAUUAGUUUUUCCAAAAAUAACCUUUUUGAUGACGUAAUGAUGAUGAGUAUGAAGGGGAAGGCCCAACAGUGGGUGAACUAUGGUGAUAUGACAAUUGUAACGACACAUCUAAGUAAUAUAACCGUCUGGUGGUUUUAUAAAGAUAUCUACAAUUAAUUUCUACUUUCCUAGUAACUGAUGUUGAAGUAGACUAAGUCGAAGGAUUAGAUGUUUCAAUGGAAAAUGAAGAGAUAAAAUAAUUUCAAACGGUUUGUGGUUUUGCAUGAAUACUAGUUCCAAAGGAAGGUAAGUAGAAGCCUUACAAUAUAAUACAAAAUUAUGUGUUUUUCCAACCACAACUUUAAGGUAAAACCAAACUGCUACUUGUUGAAACAGGUUAAUUCACUUCUUCGUAGGUUUACUUAUCUAUAAUAGGCUAAUUAACUAAAUUUGAAAAAUUGGUUUAAAAUAUACUUUGAUGUUUAUUUUACCCCAAAAACCCUAUAUUUUUGAAAAAUAGCGUUAUUCACAAUAAGUAUUUUGCAUUUAAAAAAACCAAUUCAAAUUAUCCUCUAAAACGCUUAAGACUGUCAUGGCGUCUUGGAUGACGUCACGCCUUGGCAAACAAGUGUGUUUGUAUACAGAGAACGGAGAGUAUCAGUGUUUUAUUUAUUGAAAAAUGAAUCCCUCGUAUUACAAGAACUGUGUAGUGCCCCAGUGUACAAGCACAAGCAUAAAUACGCCAAACAAAUUAUUUAUAUAUGUUCCAAACGAUGUAAAAAUACGAAGAAAGUGGCUAACUCUAGCAAGAAGGGAUGAUGCUCAUUCUUUAUCAACAAAAUCGAGAAUGUAUUUUUGUGAAGAUCAUUUCGAUUUGCCGAAUGAUAUGCUUAAUUAUACCGAGUAUCGUGUUAUGGGAAGAGUAUCACAAGUGCGCAUGAAACCAGGUUGUACUCCAAGUAAAUUUGAAUGUCAAGAAGAUAGAAGAAAACGAACAUGUAGCAGCACAGAACGACCAUACAUAGUAAAAAAACAAAGAAUUACGACAAUAGCAGAGUGUCUUAAUGAAUUAGAUAAAAGUUGUAUUCCAAGUUCGUCUCUCGAAGAUACUCCUCAAACAAGUUCAGAUUUCCAAACAGUUGAACAAAAUGAGCCAGAAGUUACAUGUGAGCAUAAAGUAGAAAAAUCAGUUCAAGCAUGUAUAACGCAGAAAUUCAGAAGUAAAGCUGUCCAGAUCAAUAUCAAAACAAAAGACCAGGCAUCAUCACCCUUGAAGCCAUCAAUAAUAUCUAGUUCCACAUCCCCGUUUAAAGCUGAGAUCAUCAAAAAAACAUAUCCUUCUGUCUCCAAUCUAAACAAAGUUACAAGAACUGUAUUGAAUAAAGAAGAGCACUCUGAUAGUGAUAUAUCUUUAUAUACACCAUCUGUUGCCAUCCACAGUUGUUCGUCAUCUGUGCAAUCAUUACAAGUUCAAUCAUCUUCUGACUGUAGUGAAUUAAUUGCAGAAGACAGAAGACUAGAAGUUGAUAAGACACUGUUGCACACAAUUGGAAAAAUUGAAAAGAAACCUCGAAUAUACAUUGGUGUUCCGAGCAGUUGUUACUACUUAAUUGACAUACUAAAAGCUGAAUUAAAUAUUCCUAAACAUCAUAUAUUGCUAUGUUUAAAUAAGAUACGUUUGGAUGUUAAAUUUAAUCAGCUCACAGAUGAUUAUGGAAUGACUCCAGCAGGUUUAAGCAAGAUAUUUUUAAAAAAUAUACCUCUGAUAGCUAGCUUUAUGCGUCCUUUUAUUGUGGAGCUAGACAGGGAUAUAAUUAAAAGGACCUUACCUAUGGCAUUCAGGCACAAAUAUUAUAAUGUAAGUUGCAUUAUCGACUGCCUUGAAAUUGAGAUCCAAAAGCCAUCUAAGGCAAUAAACCAAGCUCUGACAUGGUCUGAAUAUAAAAAAACAAAUACCAUAAAAUAUUUAAUAUCAUGCACACCAAAUGGAUUGGUUAAUUAUAUUUCUCCUGGAUUUGGAGGCAGGACAACUGACACAUGUGUAGUGGAAUCAUGUGACUUUGUGAAAUCAUUAAAAAGUGGUAUGGUUGUUAUGGCAGACAGGGGCUUUAAGCAUGUAGAGCAGUAUCUCAAAAAAUCAAAUAUUACAUUAGUAAGGCCUCCAAGCGUUGAAACAGGAGUGAAAAUGAGCAAAAGUCAAGCAAAGCUAACCAAACAGAUAGCCAGCUUGAGAAUACAUGUAGAAAGAGUUAUUCGGCGCUUACGUGAAUUUUAUAUGCUUAAACCACAUGCAUGUGUUAAUUUAAAACAUGUAAAAAUACUCGAUGACAUAGUAAUCAUAGCCUGUGCUUUAAUUAAUUUGCAAGAUUCUUUAGUAAAAUAAAACAAAAUUUCAAA